AUGCCGCUCCGUCGGCGCUCCACGUUGCUGGCCGCGCCGCCCGCAACAAUCUCGCGGAAGCCCCACCCACCCGCACCAGCGCCAGCGCCAGUGUUCGAGAUCGACGAGGCACCCUCGCAGCAGCCGCCGAUAACACUGCAAGCGUUGGAUCUGGCCCUAGCCGUCAACGUGGUCGAUCCGCGUAGCGGCACGCCCUCCGGCUACUCGGUACUAGGCAAUUUCAAGCGCGGGUCACUGCGCAUCAUGAACGGCAACGCGUCCCCGUCGCCGGCCCCGAGCCCCGCGCCAACGUCGCCGAUGUUGACGGCUCAAUUCCACACCGGGGAAGUGCCGCCGCCCUCCAUGCUGCUGGAGCAAUACAUCAAUCCGCGGGAUAGCAUCCGGCUCAUCCCGCCAUCGCCAAGCCUGUAUCCCAGUAGCAACCGCCUCAGUUUCGAGGACAGCCCGCUGCUGGAGUGGACAGAAGAGUACGGCUACGACUACAUCGAGCCGCUGUCCCUCCCCGACCUCGCGGCAGAAACCACCGCCCCAACCCCGUUCGAGCGCUUCACCACCGCCACCACGGCAUCACCGCAGCGACCCGUAAUCCUGCAAACGCAAAGCCCGUACGACUCCGGCUACAGCUCCACGGACUCCACCACGUCAUGGCGCACAGCGCAGGAGUCUCUAGCAUACGCUCCCGAGCGAACCGCCACCAUAGCCGCGCUCGAGGGCGGCCUCUUCGGCUCAUCAGCGACGCUGAGAGAACGCAAGUCUUUCCCCGCACCGUCGCCGUCGCCCCUUCAGCGACAGCGGAACAAGCGCCCGGCUCCACGGCCAGAGAUGUAUGUCAAUGCGUAUCCUGGCGUCUCCCGCGCUAGCUCGUGCUCCGCCGCCGCCGCUGCCGCUGCGCCAGAUACCCUCGAGAGGAUCACCGGGCAGGAGUAUUAUCAGAGGUUCUCGAGGAGGAGGAAUAGUACGCUGGUUACGUAG